AUGCGUCAUUGUUAUUCCGAGCAGCCAGUCGCAGGAGAAGAAGGACGCGCUCAAAUACGCUGGCGCGGACCUCGUGCAGGUCCCGCCGAAGCCGUACUCCAACCCGAACAACUACGUCAAGUUCGGCGCGCGCUUGGCGCGCGAGCUCGGCGCCGUCUUCACCAGCCAGUUUGACAACACCGCGAACCGCGCAGCCCAUGUGGCUACCACCGGCCCGGAGAUCUGGGCCCAACUCAAGGGCGAGGUCCACGGGUUUAGCUGUGCGGUCGGCACCGGCGGCACGCUCGCGGGCACGGCAGAGUAUUUGAGGAGCGUGAGUGAUACGGUUAAGAUCGCUAUUACGGAUCCGUGCGGGGCGAAGUUGGUUAGGUUUUAUAGGGAUGGACAGCUCAAGGCGGAGGGUGAUUCUAUCUCGGAGGGCAUUGGCCAGGGCAGGAUUACCGGCAACCUCGACGGGUUUAAGCCGGAUUAUGCAUUUGAGAUUCCGGACGGCGAGGCUCUCAAGAUUGUUUAUGACCUGAUGCAGGAAGAAGGCAUGUGUCUUGGAACGUCAUCCGGGAUUAAUAUUGCUGGAGCAAUGCGUCUUGCAAAGGAACUCGGUCCUGGCCACAACCUCGUCACAAUUCUCUGCGAUCUCGGGACUCGGUAUACUGGAAAGCUGUUCAACGCGCCGUACCUCGCGGAGAAGGGACUCCCGCAGCCAGAAUGGCUUGCUCAAGACUUGUCGCAAGCCGUCACAGCCGCAGUCGAAAGGACCACAAUCCCAGACGAGCAAGCUGCGGCCGAGCAAGCCGAAAACGCCGCAAAGGCCGCAGCGAACCCAUAAAAACACUUGACUUCGAAACAGGACCGUAGAUCGAAGUCAUCCAAGUCCAUAAAUCACAGAAGGACAGGCUUGGAGGGGUGACGCCGUUCGUAGUGGCAUGGGUUUUGUUUUACAUAGUAACUCUCUAACGACUGAACCGACUGAACACAUGACAGGCAACGAAAAAACACUAUUGUGCCUUUUCUUGCGCCUCCUUUGCCGCCGCCAAAUCUCUACAAAACGGCCCGCCCGCCGGUGUCUUGAGGCUGGUACGGCCUUGCGGUCCCUCACACCCGUUGCGGUCUAUCUGCGGUCCGAUCUUCGGUUGCCUGCCAGCCUUGAGGUCCGAGAGCACGCUCUUGACAGUCUUCUUGGUAAGAUCCUCGUAGAAGUGAUCAUUGAUUUGCACCAUAGGCGCGUUAACACACGCUCCCAGACACUCGGCUUCCAUCACAUGAAACAGGCCAUCUGCGGUAUCUCCCCCCACCUCAACGCCCAAGUGCUCCUUCACGGCGUCAAGAAUAUCAUAAGCACCUCGCAGCAUGCACGGCGUCGUGGUGCACACCUGCACGUUGUACUUUCCGAUCUUGUCGCGGUUGAACAUGGUGUAAAAGCUGGCCACCUCGUACACGCGGAUCGGCGCCAUCCCCAGUAGCUUUGCGACCUUGUUCAUCGCCGACAGCGGGAGCCAUCCGCCGUUCUGUCUCUGCGCGAGAUCGAGCAGCGGGAUGACGGCGGACGCGGCGUAGUUCUUCGGGUAGCGCUUCAGGAUCGUCUGAAUCUGGGCGUAGUUCUCGUCGGAAAAGUCGAAUGGCGUGUCCACCGUGUUGUCCGCCGAGUCGCG